CGGUACUGCUGCACGAAGAUGGCGGCCGAACUGGUGGAGGCGAUGAACAUGGUCAAAAGUUUCCGGGUCUCAGACCUGCAGACGCUGUUGGCCUCCAUGGGUCGCAGCAAAAGCGGGCUGAAGCAGGACCUGGUUGGCCGAGCAUUGAGGCUGGUGCAGACAGAGUACAGCCCGGAGCUGCUGAAGAACGUCAGGCAGCUCUAUGAGUCGCGUUUCCCCAGAACAUCUGGUUGGCUGGCGGCGCGGCGUCCAGAGGGGGUCCCAGUUGCAUACUCAUCCCUCAGCUCCUCCCCAACUGCCACCUCUCAGGGGGCAGACUACCUCAACGGCAUUUCUAAACCGAUUACCACACCUGCAGCAGAGGUCAAGCUGGUGCCACUGCCCUUCUACCAAACAUUGGAGACACUGCUUCCACCAACAGAGCUAAUUGCCCAGAAUAGUGAGAAACUGCAAGACAGUCAGUGUAUCUUUGAGUUAACACCAACCCAAGCAGACCAGAUCCGAAAUGCAAGUGAGCUUCGUCCAGGAAUCCGAUCAAUCCAAGUGGUUCUUAGAAUCUGUUACACAGACUCGAUUGGUAUUCAGGAGGACCAGUAUCCUCCCAACAUUGCUGUCAAAGUCAACCAGUCCUACUGUCAUGUGCCGGGAUAUUACCCCUCCAAUAAGCCUGGCGUUGAACCUCGUCGUCCUUGUCGUCCUGUUAACAUCACUCCCUGGUUGCAUCUCUCUAAUGUCACCAACAGAGUCACCGUCACCUGGGGAAACUUCGGCAAGCGGUACUCGGUGGCAGUGUAUUUAGUGAGGGUCUUCACUGCCUCAGACCUCUUCAGCCAACUCAAACUCUGCUCUGUAGAGAGCGCAGAGCGCUGUCGUGAACGCAUUCAAGACAAACUACGUUUUGACCCAGAAAGCGAAAUUGCAACCACAGGCCUCAGAGUUUCUCUCAUCUGUCCACUGGUGAAGAUGCGUCUUGGGGUACCAUGCCGAGUGCUCACUUGUGCCCAUCUUCAGUGUUUCGACGCGGUCUUCUUCCUGCAGAUGAACGAGAAGAAGCCCACAUGGACUUGCCCUGUUUGUGACAAGCCCGCUCCAUUUGAGCUGCUUACCAUUGAUGGGCUGUUAUCUGAGAUUCUGAAAGAGACAAGUGAGGACAUUGAGGAGAUUGAGUACUUAACAGACGGCUCCUGGCGACCUAUCAGCGAUGAAAAGGAGCGGGACAAGGAAAGGGAACGCAGCAACACACCUGAGUACCCUGUCGUUGACAUAUGCAGCCCUGAAGCCAACGGUCAUUCUCCAGCCCACAGCAGCACUAGUCUCACGGGCAAAUCUGGAAGCGGUUCUGUCGGGGGGGCAGGAGUCGCAGGAGGACCUGGUGUGGCACCAGGAGGAGGCGCAGUGGUAGAUCUGACUCUUGACGACUCGUCUGAGGAGGAGGGGGGCGGGGCUGGAGGAGACAGCGAGGACACAGAGGAUAGCGCCGACAGUCCUGCCCCAAAGAGGGGCCGAUACGACUACGACAAGGACCUGGUCACUGCCUACUGACCCCGCGGCUCUGUCCCCUCAUAGACUGACACACACAUAGAGACAGAGAGACAGGGGGCUUAAAACUUGAGGACAGGAACACAGUAAAUCCACUAGAUGCAACAACCCUCCUUUCUGCCCAAACAUCAGAGCCUUUCAGCUGCUCUGGUUUAAAUCCAGACAAUACAAACACACUCAAAUGCACUGCUCACAAAUCUUCAGUCUAGAGUGAUAAGGAUUCCUCUUUGUACUGUACACCACUGGAGGCAACUCUUAACUUUUUUUUGUUUUUGGCCAAUCAUCAUCUUGCAGUGAAUAUCUGUACCGUCCUGCCUCUACUAAAGAAACUGAAUGGAUUGAGCACCCCACCACCACCACCACCACCACCACCACCACACUUGCGCCUCUCUUUCCAGACUAUUCCCUCUCUUCCACCCCACUCUCUUUGUAUAUGACUUGGAAUCACAGGCUCUUUUAGCCGUGGGCGUUCGAUGUUGCGUCUCUGAUUUUUUUGUCACAUUUGUGAUGAACAGUGAAGUUGAGAACGGAGGCUCCUCAGUGGUUUUCAGUAGUGAAUGAGAAGGCAGGGAUAUGUUGGGGCGGGAGGAUAAGGCAAGAGACGUCGGGAGUGAGAUGCAAAUUUAUAAGACUCCUAUUGUGUUCUUUAUUCACAGAAUUACUUCAGAGCUUGAAAGGGUUUUUUCAGGAAUUUAUCCUUUUAAUUAUAAAAGGGCAGAGCACAGUACUGGCCUCAAUGUGUGAUGCUUUCCAUUUUUAUUUUUUCCUUAGAUAAAGAGAACCUACCUCAGUCAUAAAAACUUAGCAGACUGACCAGAGAGUAGCUUUGAAAGAAGUGGGGAACAGAAGAAUUGACGAGUAUUUCUAAAGCCAAUUUUACACUGGAGAUUAUGUUCAUACAUUUUUGUUUCUUUUGUUUUUUUUUUUGUUUUGUUUUGUUUUUUUUUAAUUCCAUUUGUCCGUGCAGCUGCGCUCCCACUGCAGCAACAAAAAAUCUUUGGUUGAAGGAGUGUUGAUUUGAGUUGAACCAGGCCAACUGUUGACGAGAGCGAUGCAAAACCUUGUGGAUCUGUCAAUUCUGUAAAACAUGCAUGCAUAAAGCAUUUACAGUUUAUUUACACAACUGUGACCAGAUUUGUUUGGGUUCAUGUUUCAGAGCUCCCUAUGGACGUAACUCACCAAAUUUACCAUACGGCAGCUGUGCCAAAGCAGAUGUUUUAAGAAUUCUCUGACAAGAAAUGGUUGUGAGGUUUUGGUGCCUUUUUUUGUUUAUUGGUGAAGAUUGGGGUUUGUUGUUUUAAGGUCAGUUGAGCUGACCGCAAGUUGAGACCCCAAUCUGCCAGAAGGUGUUUUAUUCCAUUUAUGAUUUUCUAGAUUUACAAGUCAGAAAUGGACAGAACAGGAUUUAGAAGUGUUGUCAUCCCUUUAUCCCAUGAUACUGUGCCCUCUUUGAAGGUUUCAUAUUUAUUUAUUUGCUACACAUUCUCAAAACAGUUGUUUGUGGUACAUCUACAUAUUUUUUUUUUUUUUUUUUUUUUUUGGGCUGUGUUUCUGCACACACCAUAGCUGUUUAUUGCAGAAAAUCAGGGCACCUCUGCAGCUGGGAUUUGGAUGUAGAGAUAUAAUUGAUCUGGGCUCGUGGCUCUGCUGUUGAUGAACGCUGCUUUUCUCUUCCCAUUGAACGAAUACGCCCUGGGUCAAAGCGCCAUUCCCACUGCUUUGCUGCGGUGGGUUCAACAUGUCUGACACAACCGAACUUAAUGAAGUGUCAGUAAGUGCAACCCCACCAAGUUUAAAGUCAUUGAUUGGAUUAGAAAUAGGCCUGCCUGGAACAAGCAGAGUUGCUUUGCCAAGCUCUGCCUCCUCUCAGUGUAGAUAAGGUCACAUCUAUUUGCUGGAAUAGAAUUUGACUUCAGUUGCUACAUGCUCUAGGCUUAAAACUAAUAUUUGUCUACGCCUGCACUGAUAUUGUCAGUAUAUGAUGUUGCUCCUCCUCUGAUAGGGAUACUAGAUGAGCAGGCUUUAGGUAGGUCAUAAGAAUUUGAUAAGGAAAGUGCUGCUUGAGCUGCGUACACUUUCAUCAAUCCCAAGAUUAUGGCUUGUGUAUUUGAAAGCCCUCAUGCGGUGAAUAUUAAUCGACGAUCCUUGUCCUUUAUUAACAGUUGUCAUCCACCAUUUGCAUAAGAAUAAGAAAAUGUGAAACUAGAAAAGCAGUGGCCCUGCUUCAUUGCGAGACACCUUGGUGGUGAUAACUCGGAGCUCUGCAUAGAGCGGUUCCCUCUGUCAGUAUCUAUUGUUGUGGUUGGAUCAGCACAGGAUCUUUUUUUUUUUUUUUUUUUUUUUUUUGCCUUUCUGAAACGCACAGAGAAAUGACAUUUACACAUUGAUCUGGGGCCUCGCUGUUGCACAUGCAUCUUCUGAUUGGGUUGAUGAAAAAGUAAAUUGAGUCAAAUCUGGUCUUCCAUUUUUUCUCCUUAUUUUGACAGCAUAUAAAAAUCAAUAUACAGAUGAAAACAUUUUGGGAAUCCACACGAAACUGAUGAGACUUUGCCUGUGAUAUGUCAGAGUCUGUCCCCAAAAAGGAUAUUCUUUGUAAGGCACUUUGAAGCAAAAUGUAAAAUAAACUCUAAUUCAUGCCUUGGAGUAGGCAGCCUGUAUUUGUAAGUAACUGCUAUACAUAUGAAAAGGACAUUGUUCAUUUGUUGCUAGGUAUAGAUGUCAUUAUUUGAGUGGAUCUCCUAAACUUGUCAUUGCCUUAUGGUUAAAGGUGAGAGGUGGUGCAGGUUGCUACUGUGGAUCUGAGCCAGAUAUCGUUGCAGGCUGUUUGGAGCUGGAGAAAAAACCGAGGGUCUGGUCUUUUUUGUAGUGGCAUCUCUUCUUCUAAUAAUGCAUAAGGUAGCAUGGGCAGAGGCUUACAAUCCAUGAUGUAAAUGUUUUGUUUGUGUUUUUUUAUAUGUUCAUAUUAAAAGACAAUAAAAUUUAAAUAAUAUUUUAUUAAGCCUUGAAUUGCCUCCAGUUGUUCCUAAAGGCAAAACGGACAAUAAGAAGCUGCUGAGGGCAGCAGCACUGGAAGCUGAUGCCACUGAGAACUGGGAGGACUGCUUAAGGUGUGGAUUGUUAUAUCCUGUACCAAAUGUUCAGAUCUAGGGACACAUUUGAUGCCUGUUGAGGAUAAAACUGUAAAAUUUCAAAUGAUCGUAUUCUAACAGCUGUUAUUGACGUGUGGAUUUAAUUAAAAUCAGUUCUUAAAAA